AUGUUGGAUAAAAGUCCAUGUUUGCCUGAUAUUGAACAAUCAUUAAAUCGUUAUUUUAAUAAAUAUCAAAAACAAUAUUCAAUGUUAUUAACAUAUCAUCCAAAAAUUGAUUGUGAACAUGGUCGUUAUUUAUUAUUAGAUAAUUCAUUAUCAUCUCGUGUUUUUCAUGGUACUGGCUCACAAUUAAUGUGGUAUUUAGGUGUUCUAAAUAUUGCAUAUAAAUUCAAUUUAACAUUAAUACAUUUAGAAUGGACUGCUGAACAUUCUCAAGAUGAAACAAAUCUUGACCGAGAAAAAUAUUGGCAAUUUUAUCAUUGGGAAAUACCUUAUUCAGCAUAUGAAUUAUGUCCAAAAAAUUCAUCAAUUAAACGGAAUAUAUUUCGAUAUGAUUUAAUUGCAAAUCAAACAUUUGAUCAAUAUCAUCAAGGAAAACAACCAUUUACAAUAAAAUCUUAUUUGAAAUUUUUAUUCGAAAGUUUUCUAUCGAAUAUGAAUAAAAAUGAUGUAGGUUUUACAUUUUAUUCUAGUCGAACUCUUACUAUUACAUCAUCAUUAAUGGAAAUGGGCAGUGUUUUUGAAAUUCGAUGGUGGUUACAACAUAGAAAAUUAUAUAAAGAACCUUAUGGAGUUUGGUCAGGGAUUUCUGUUCGAUCAAAUUAUUUACCAAUUGAUUAUUUUCAAUAUAUAUCAUCAAAUUCAUUUAUUAUUCAAUGUCCAUCGAUUAAUAUAGAUGAUAGUUUAUUAAUUGGUGUACAUAUACGUCAUGGUGAUGUUAUUAAACGAAAUAAACAAGGUGAAAUAAUAUCUGGUGAUUUAUAUCGUUAUAUUUCAAAUUCAGCUUAUAUUCCAUUAUUAAUUUAUCUUAUUAAUUCAUUACCAAAUGAAAUACAAAAUAAAUAUUUAAUUACAAUAUAUAGUGAGGGUGUUAUAAAUGAUUUUGAUGAUAUACUUAAAAGUUUAAAAAUUCAUUUACCUCAAUCACGUUGUCAUAUAUCAUUUUUUUUAAAUGGACGAACAUCAGAAACAUUUAAUCGUUUAUUACGUGAUGAUAUUAUUAU